UUGAGAUUUUGAGACUUGAGACGAUGAUACUCGCCCUCGCACACUAUAUAUGAGUUGACGCUGUCUCAACAAUUCCAGGCUCUCUAUCCUUGCCAAUUGCCAUUGUUGGAGGCUCUCUCUCUCCUGCCAUUUCGGAACAACUUUUUCCCCACACCAUUUCCCCCUUUUUCUCUCACAGAGCUAAAGAAUAGUCCUCGAUUACAACCAAAUUAGGGUUUCUAAUUUCUUAAAUAAUGGCUGGACUAACUGAAUCGCGAGCAUUGCCUAAGGAUUUGACCCAUGUUCUUGAUAUUUUGAACUGCAAAAAUUUGGAUCCGACAGCUGUGGUUCUCGAACCACUUCCUCCGUUUGCUAACGGCGAUGUCGAAGUUGGUGUGAUGAAGAAGAUGAAGACCACUGAAAAUGGAGAGAGAGAAAUUGUUCUCGGCCGGAAUAUCCACUCAUCGUGCCUCGAUAUCACCGAACCCGAGGAUAACGAUGAGUUAACCGGCGAUAAGGAGGCGUAUAUGGCUUCUGUUUUGGCUAGGUACAGGCAGAGUUUGCUUGAGAGGACCAAAUACCAUCUGGGAUACCCUUACAAUUUGGACUUUGAUUAUGGCGCUCUGAAUCAGCUGCAACAUUUUUCAAUAAAUAACCUUGGUGAUCCAUUUAUUGAGAGCAACUACGGCGUGCAUUCUAGGCAAUUUGAAGUGGGUGUUUUAGAUUGGUUUGCUCGUCUUUGGGAGAUCGAGAAAGAUGAGUACUGGGGAUAUAUUACAAAUUGUGGCACAGAAGGAAACCUUCACGGCAUCCUUGUGGGGAGGGAGGUGUUUCCUGAUGGAAUAUUAUAUGCCUCAAAAGAGUCACAUUAUUCGCUCUUCAAAGCUGCACGUAUGUACAGGAUGGACUGUAUUAAGAUUGAGACGUUAUUGUCAGGGGAGGUUGACUGUGCUGAUUUUAAGGCAAAGCUUCUCAAGAACAAAGAUAAACCAGCCAUCGUCAAUGUCAACAUAGGAACUACUGUAAAAGGAGCUGUUGAUGACCUUGAUCUUGUGAUACAGACUCUUGAAGAAUGUGGCUUCCCCCACAACCGGUUCUAUAUCCACUGUGAUGGAGCCUUAUUUGGUCUUAUGUUGCCAUUUGUUAAAAAAGCGCCUCAGGUCACAUUCAAGAAGCCCAUAGGUAGUGUCAGUGUAUCUGGCCAUAAAUUUGUGGGAUGCCCAAUGCCCUGUGGUGUUCAGAUAACAAGGAUGGAGCACAUCAACACUCUAUCAAGUAACGUAGAGUAUCUAGCAUCAAGAGAUGCUACCAUCAUGGGGAGCAGGAAUGGCCAUGCCCCGAUCUUCCUAUGGUAUACCUUGAAUAGAAAAGGAUAUCGUGGUUUCCAAAAAGAGGUUCAAAAGUGCCUCCGCAAUGCCCACUACCUUAAAGACCGGCUUAGAGAGGUUGGAAUUAGUGCCAUGCUUAAUGAGCUAAGCAGCACCGUGGUGUUUGAGCGUCCUCUAGAUGAGGAGUUUAUACGGCGCUGGCAACUGGCUUGCCAAGGGAACAUAGCUCACGUGGUUGUGAUGCCUAAUAUUACGAUAGAUAAGCUCGAAAGUUUUCUUGAUGAGCUAGUUGAGAAACGCUCAACUUGGUUCAAAGAUGGAACCAACAAACCUCCAUGUGUUGCAUCUGAUAUAGGCCAGGAGAAUUGUGUGUGCCCUAUGCACAAAUGAAAACCUGCUUGCUUGGCAUAUUUCUAAGAUUCUGAAGUAUUUGUUGUGAUUUGCUUCCAGUAUCAGUGUUGUUGCUGUUAGUGGUAUUUGUCUGUCUACAUGCUCCUGCUAUUUCAUUUGAAGGCAGAUAGUAUGAUCCUUAGCAAUUGUCUCCCAGAAAUAUGUUAAUUCGCUCUCAUGAAAGAGUGUAAAGUGAAUGGGACAAGUUCAAUUUGCACUGGAAGAGUGUAAAAUGAGCCAUAGAUAAUUGUGUUAAAAGUGGAAUUAGUGGGUUGUAGUCCUGUAGAUGCAUCUUUGAGAUGAAUGUAUGGAAUAAUAAGAAUUAUGAUGUUUUACUGGGUUUGAGAAACUUGCGCGCAAGUUUCCAAAAAUUAAUUUUCACCUGUUAUUGCUUCAAUGAUAGGGAUGUACCUUGACCUUGAUCCAAGUAAUUUUUUUUCUUCA